AUGGGAAACACUAGUAAAAAGUUAGCAGCAAAAUGCACAUUGCUAACAAAAGACGAACAAAAAUAUGUAGCUGCAACCUUCCGCGCUGGUAGCAAAAACUCGGAGAGGAUACGAGAGGACGAUCUGAUAGUGAGUGGAAAAGUAGAUGCAGUGUCAUUAGAAAAAUUCUGGGGCCCCCAGAUCGACCCUCGGCUGGCGCAGUACCUAUCCAACUUCUUGUUCGGCUCGGGCCAUCAGAAGUCGCCGUCAGUGGACUUCAACAGAUUUGCGGAGCUUUACGUCUAUAAUGUAAGAGGUACAGUCGACGAAAGAAUGAUGGUGACAUACAACAGUCUAGGGAAAGAUUACAACGAGACUGUCGAGUUGCCUUAUCAGUUAUUGAAAGAAUACUGCGAAAGUAUAGCGUCCACAUACAUAAAGAUAGUGAAAGCUUCACAGUCGCGCCGCGUGCGGACGUGGAUCGACAAGGGGUUCCGAGGGAGGGCCUCCCACGUUCAAGCCUUGGGGGAAGCUGUUGCCGCCACUGUAGGGGGAGAUUUGGACUCCCCGCAUCAUCAUUGUUCUGCUGAACAACUGUCUAAAUGGCUCGAAACGAACUCUCUGCUGAAGCAAUUGGCUGAGUUGGUAUUCAUAAAUUUGUAUGGAAUCAACAAGAAAGGCAGCGAUGAGAGUCCCACUCCUUUACCACCGUCGAUGCCCUCGCUGCUGCCUCUACCUGAAGGUUUAGACGCUAUGCCUGAUUACCCCGCGUUCACGGAUCUCUCUCACAUCGUGUGGCUGAACAGCCAUCUGCCGCAGCAGCAUCAGCACAAGUGGAGGUUUCUCUUCUCUUCUCAUAUUCACGGCGAGUCAUUCUCCACUAUGGCGGGUCGUAUCCAAGACCAGGGCGCUUCCAUCCUCAUAAUAGAGGAUAGCUCGGGCCACAUAUUCGGUGGCUAUGCCCCUUGUCCCUGGUCCAUCGGCCCCAACUUCGUGGGUACGGACGAUUCGUUCCUGUUCGCACUGGCACCAAAAAUGCGAGCAUACCCCGCCACUGGGUACAAUGACCACUUUCAGUACAUCAAUCAUCAUACGAAGACGCUGCCCAAUGGACUGAUAAUGGGCGGUCAGUUCGAAUUCGGUGGUAUUUGGGUGAAUGCAGACCCUUUCGGCGAAGGAUCUUCAGCAGAAUCUUGCAGCACUUACCGCGGAUACAAGCGGCUAUCAAAGGACCCCACAUUCCAUAUCCGAAGCCUUGAAGUGUGGGGAGUGGGAGAUAAGCCGGAGAUCAUCAAGGAUGAGGACGAACGCGACGUAAGCGUACUAGAUACUAACCCAGAAGCCAAAGCCAUCCUUGAACUGGCGGGCCGCACGCGACACUCCGAUGGAAUCCGUGAGCCCCCGCCCUUAUAA